AUUCAUUAUUCAAAACAACUAAUUAAGGCCUAUGUUAUGUUAUGUGCCUUAGCCAACCCACCCAACUCUCAAAACCCCCCAACCCAAAUAAACUACAAACAAACAAGUAAAGAAAAGAAUUCACCCCCCACCCUAUAUAUCCCCCCCUUCUCCCUCCAUUUCAUUUCCCCCCCUUUCUUGAUUUAUUUCACAAAUCAAGAACCUUUUCAUUCCUCUCUCAACAAGAAGAAGAAAAAGGAAAGUCAUGGCAAAACAUACCUCCUUCUUACAUAUUCUUGUCGGAUUCUUUCUCACUUUAUCAGGUUUGGGCUUCAUUGAAGAAGCAAAAUCACUAGGCAUAAACUACGGGCAGGUCGGGAACAACCUUCCGGCACCGGAGAAGGUUCUAGAACUUCUCCGGUCCCUGAAGCUGAGCAAAGCCCGAAUCUACGACACGAACCCUCAAAUCCUGACCGCAUUCGCCAACUCCAACGUGGACCUGAUCGUGACCGUUGAGAACGACAUGCUGGCCACCUUAAUGGAUCCGAACCAAGCCCUCCAGUGGGUCCAGACCCACAUCAAACCCUACUACCCGGCCACGAGGAUCACCGAGAUCGCCGUCGGCAACGAGGUCUACACCGGCGACGACACCACCCUCAUCGGCUACCUCGUCCCGGCCAUGGUGAGCAUCCACAACGCCCUCGCCCGCCUCGGCCUCGACGCGUACAUCAAGGUCUCCACGCCCAACAACCUCGCGGUGCUGCAGGAAUCGUUCCCGCCCUCGGCGGGGACCUUCCGGCCGCAGCUGGCGGCGAUAAUGCCGCAGUUCCUGCAGUUCCUGGCCGCCACCCGGGCGCCCUUCUGGAUCAACGCGUACCCCUACUUCGCCUACAAGGACAGCCCGGGCAAGAUCCCGAUCGACUACGCGCUGCUCAAUGCAAACGGUGGCAUGUUCGACCCCGGCACGAGGCUGCACUACGACAACAUGUUGUACGCGCAGGUGGACGCCGUGAUCUUCGCCAUGGCGCGGCUGGGCUUCGGCGGGAUCGAGGUCCGGGUGUCGGAGACGGGUUGGCCGUCGCGGGGCGACGCCGAUGAGGUCGGCGCCACGCUCCAGAAUGCCGCCGUCUACAAUCGGAACAUACUGCGGCGGCAGAUGCAGAAUGAGGGCACGCCGCUGCGCCCCAAGGCGAAGCUCGAAAUCUACGUCUUUGCUCUCUUCAACGAGGACAUGAAGCCCGGCCCGACUUCCGAGAGGAAUUACGGGCUCUUCCAGCCCGAUGGCACCAUGGCCUACAAUGUCGGCCUCACCACAUUGUCCACCUCCACCUCCACCUCCACUUCCACCUCCACCACUUCUCCGGCGUCAAUCUCGUUAACUUCCGCCGCAACCAAGGUGAAACACAGCGGAUAUUCGAGGUUGCAAUAUUCAAUAUUAUUCCUAUAUUUGGUGGGCUUCCAAAUUUUUAUGAGAAGACAGUGGUGAAUAUAAGGAGCAUGUAAAUACAUCUGAGGUUGCAGGAGGGAAUCGGAUCUGUCUUUUCAUAUUUUUUUGGCAUAUUUGAGAUGGAAUUAUUAAUUGUAGCCAUUAUUCAAAUGCCAAAAAAGAAAACACAGCCACCUUUAGCUUAGCUAGCUAAUUUAUUGAGCUGGAUACAAAAUUGAAGGAUUCUUUUGUGCUGAUGCCAAAGACAUAUAUGAAUCAUGACCAUUCAUCAAUUUAAUUAUUGAUACACAUAUAUGUAUUCUUCAACAAGAUUUUCUUCAACUCAAUUACUCUGCAAGAUUGGAGGGCUGAGGAUCAAUGCAGCAUUCAAGAAAUUAGAUUAAAAUUAUAUAUGAAAGCAAGAUUCCUCCACUAGUGACAAUUUAAUUCAGACCCAUUGCUUUGUAUAUUAGCUCAUUGCUUUUAUUAGGAUUACUAUUGUAAUAGAUCUAUCUAUCUAUGUAUUCCCUUCUUCAAUAUUAAUGUACAGAAGAUUUAGCAAUAUAAAGAUCAACUUUGCUUUA